UGCUUUCGUCUUUUGGAAAGAAAAAUGCUCUAUUUUUUGUGCUUGUGAUUCUUCUUAACUUCUCUUGCCAUAGUGAUGUUUUCGGGAAUAAGCCAUUUUUCCUUUAAGAGGGACAGGAAACUUCUGUGGAUUUGCGGAUGUAAGAAUCAUUUGGUGGCCUGACCUGGGCUGCUGUGAGUUAGAUUGUUUUAGGACAGUUUACUUAUUGAUUCUAGUUCUCUUUCUCAUUCUUAGCCAGACUCCUUGUUGAAAUUUGAGGAGGGUGCUGUCUUCUCAGAGAGCCUGGCUGGAGAAGACUGAAGGUCAAGGUUAGAAGCCUGAGUGAUUCCCCCCAGAACGUGGAUGAUGGCCUCGGAGGUGCCGAGAGUAACCACUCCCCUGAGCCCCUUAGUUCAUGUCCCUGAAGAGGAAGAUGACCAGGAGGAGGAGGUCGCCACCAUGAUCCUGGAAGACGACUCCUGGGUGCAGGAAGCUGUGCUGCAGGAGGAUGGCCCUGAGUCGGAGCCCUUUCCCCAGAGCGCCGGCAAGGGCAGCCCCCAUGAGGAGGUGGCCGGAGGGCCACAGGGUGCCCUUGGCCGUCUUCGAGAGCUCUGCCGGCGCUGGCUGAGGCCAGAGGUGCACACUAAGGAGCAAAUGCUGACCGUGCUGCCAAGGGAAAUUCAGGCCUGGCUGCAAGAGCAUCGGCCCGAGAGCAGCGAGGAGGCGGUGGCCCUGGUGGAAGAUUUGACCCAGACCCUUCGGGACAGUGAUUUUGAGAUCCAGAGUGAAAAUGGGGAGAACUCUAACCAAGACAUAUUUGAGGAUGUUGAAUCACAUGAAAUGUUCUCCAAAAUGCCUGAAGGGGAAGGCAUUGCACAAUCUGACUGGGAAAGUGACUUGGAGAGAGACUGCAGCUCCCGGGGGCCCCGGGGAAACACCCCGGGGGAGGUGCCACCCCAGGGCAGGGAAGUUGGACAGCUCAUAGGCCUUCAGGGCACCUACCUGGGUGAGAAGCCCUAUGAGUGUCCCCAGUGUGGGAAAACCUUCAGCCGGAAAUCCCACCUCAUCACGCAUGAGCGGACCCACACAGGAGAGAAAUACUACAAAUGCGACGAGUGCGGAAAAAGCUUUAGCGAUGGUUCCAACUUCAGUAGACACCAAACUACUCACACCGGGGAGAAACCUUAUAAGUGCAGGGACUGUGGGAAAAGCUUCAGCCGGAGUGCAAACCUCAUAACCCACCAGAGGAUCCACACGGGAGAGAAACCCUUCCAGUGCGCCGAGUGCGGCAAGAGUUUCAGCAGGAGCCCCAACCUCAUCGCCCAUCAGCGGACUCACACGGGGGAGAAACCAUACUCAUGCCCCGAGUGCGGCAAGAGCUUUGGCAACCGGUCCAGCCUGAACACGCAUCAGGGGAUCCACACGGGAGAGAAACCCUACGAAUGUAAAGAAUGCGGCGAAAGCUUUAGUUACAACUCCAACCUCAUCAGGCACCAGAGGAUCCACACAGGAGAGAAGCCGUACAAGUGCCCCGACUGCGGACAGAAGUUCAGCCAGAGCUCGGCCCUCAUCACCCACCGGAGAACUCACACGGGAGAAAAACCUUAUCAGUGUAGCGAGUGCGGGAAGAGCUUCAGCCGCAGCUCCAACCUGGCCACGCACCGGAGGACCCACCUGGUGGAGAAGCCCUACAAGUGCGGGGAGUGCGGGAAGAGCUUCAGCCAGAGCUCCAGCCUGAUUGCACACCAGGGGAUGCACACGGGCGAGAAGCCCUACGAGUGCCUGACAUGUGGGGAGAGCUUCAGCUGGAGCUCCAAUCUCAUCAAGCACCAGAGGAUCCACACGGGUGAGAAGCCCUACAAAUGCAGUGAGUGUGGGAAAGGCUUCAGCCAGCGCUCCCAGCUGGUGGUGCACCAGAGGACCCACACGGGUGAGAAGCCCUACAAAUGCCUCAUGUGCGGCAAGAGCUUCAGCCGGGGCUCCAUCCUGGUCAUGCAUCAGAGAGCCCAUCUGGGAGACAAGCCAUACAGGUGUCCCGAGUGCGGGAAAGGCUUUAGCUGGAAUUCAGUCCUCAUCAUACACCAGCGAAUCCACACUGGGGAGAAGCCCUACAAAUGCCCCGAGUGUGGCAAAGGCUUCAGCAACAGCUCCAAUUUUAUCACACAUCAGAGAACUCACAUGAAGGAGAAACUUUACUGAAGGGGCAGAGAGGGAAGGUGAGGGACUGGCCCAGGAGGGCACUUGCCACUCUGCCCCCAGACAGGGAUGUGUCGGUAGAAGAGCCAUCCUUCCUAAAGGCUUGUUGGGGAUCUUUGCCAGAAUCUUACCCCUGCUCACCCUCAUUUCUAGGAUCCCAUCGUCUUAGUGGUCAGAGUCAAACCCCAAGAACAGCGUAGGAAUGGAAGGUCGGAAAGCUGGGGCUUUUUCUGUCACGUUUCUCGACUUGAUUGGCUCCUUCUCUCUUGAUCCUCUAUGUCCCAGUUUCCUCUUUGGUAGAGCAGGGGGGAUAUUUCUCCGUGUGGAACGGAAGACAGCAUGGCCCACAUUUUAGAGAAAUACCAGAAACCUGUUGGUGUUGUCUGGUUGUUCUGCUGCCAGUUGUUGGGCUAAGGUGCCUUCACCCAAGCUGCUAGCAUCCCAGGGCCCCUGCCAUGGCAGAACUGGCCCUUCCUGCCUUUGUGUCCUGGGGUUUGAUUUCGGGUCAAGGUGGAGGGGCUUCUCCAAUUCUGAGUCAUCUGCAUGAAGCUAAAGCCCUUUUCUCGUUCUAGAAAGUGUCAGGAAUACCAAAACACGAGGGAGUCUGGCCCAGAACCAGUGUCCCAGUACCUUUCCAUUGAUAGGAGUUGCCCAGGGCCUACCAGGGAAGGCAUUAACGGAGGAGAUGUAUGUGUUUGCUCUUGUCUCUGAUUACUGUCCUGGGGUAAGUCGGCUGUGGGUCGGCGGGGACACAUUUAUUCUUGCAGCGUUUCAGUUUUUGAGUGUGAGGUGAAGUCAGAGCCACCAGCUGCCUCCCCCUGGUGAAUGGUAUUUCUGUUUUGUUCAGGGUGAAACAGUCCUGCACUCUGCAGGGUCGCCUUGUGUCUUUACCCCCCAGAUACAUGGCCCCUUAGUCAUCACUCUGUGCACUUGUCGUUUUUAUCUUAUAUAUGCAGAUCUAGAAUUCUGUCUGGUAGCUUUUGUAUACAAAGAACUUUAUUUUUAAGGAAGUGUUGAUUUUGAGGACACAUCACCUGUACCCUGGAGAGAUUUGGGCUUGAAUCAAGAGUUGUCCUACAGAUGUCACCCUUGAUCUUGGGAUGCUACCAGGGCUUUGUUCUUGGGUCCUUGAGCUGUGAAACAGUAAAGACAGGAUGAUAGCAGGGGAAGGGGUUUGUUAGGAGGGAAGAGGAAGGUAAAUAGGCUUUUCUCUCCUACACAUAGGGCCUGUACUCAGAACGCACCUUGGUUCUUACAGGGUGGAUGCUCCAAAUUGCCUAAUAAAGUAGAGUCCCACUCUUUUCCUGAGUCUGUCUUUUCACAUGUGUUAAAAACCCGAACUUGACAAACCCAUAUCUCACUUCCCCACCCCACCCACCUCCUGCCCCAGGCUGGAAGUGGUCCAAGACCUUUAGGGGGAAAGAAAUCACUUGCUUCAAAGAGCACACGUUUGGGGGAGCCUAGUCCUGUGUGCUUGACCAGUGCACACACCUCUCCACUGCUCUUUGCUAACUCUGCAUCCAGUCUGUCAACCAACACUUGGAGCGGCAGCUUUGGCUGAGCUGCCAGAUGAUUCCCAGUGGUCUCCUUGGGAGGCCAUCUCCAUCCAGAAUCAACUAAGUUAGACACAAGGAAGCUCUGGGCAGUAGCAGCUGUUACACCAAACCACGUAGGCUGUGAAAUCCCCGUCACCGAUUCCAUUCCUUCACUUACAGGGCAAACAUUUACUGAGGGCGUGCAUACCAUCACCAUGCUAGGUGCUGGAGAAAGGUUGUGAACAAGAAGUUCCAUUACCCGUCGUCAUGCCGCUUUACUAGGAGAAAGAUUUCCAUCUGUCUGGGAAGAUUCAAGAGCUGCCCUGCCUGUAAGGGAGAGUGGACAGGAGGGUUUCCUAGGUGGCAUUCAGUUCUGGAACUUGGGUUGUAGAAGAUAGUGGUUUUUCUCUUUCCCUUAAGCUUAACUUGAGAAAAGAAUAGAUAUUAAGGUUUUUAAACCUUUCUAACGAAAUUUCUUUUUUUAUUCCUCCCUACCUGGUAUAAACACAAAAUGUCCCGGAAAGAAAGGAAACCAGAUUAGCUGAAAUUGCAGAAUUAGACUGGAACCAGGUUGGGGAAAUGACAAAUGGUGGUUCUAGAAAGGUUGAGAGCCCACUGCUUCCUGUCCUGCUUGCACCUAGAGGGGGUCUGCAGAGGCAAGGAGGGGUCUUCACGCCAGAUGUGUCAGAUGGAAGGACACAGCCUUCUUCCCCUCAAAAAACAUCAAGAAGCCCCAGCCCCCCCGGCAGAUCUGCCUCUGCCACAUCUUUGUUCACAACUCAAUUACACCUGUGUCUCUGUAAGAAAGACUAUUUCCCCUUCAAGGUACAUAUAUUUAAGGACCGAGUUUUUGUUACCAGUUUGUUUCUAAGUUCAUGGGAACAGCCUUGGGACCAUUAAAAACCUACAGUAAAUGGUUUUUUUUUUUUUUAAGGAAUCUGCUUUACCCUCAGCGUGGCCCCCAAGCCCACCUCAGCAAGUCUUUCACAUGACUUUGGUCACUUCCCUCUCCCAGGCCCCACAGUGGCUGCCCUGUACCCAUUGGCCCUCAGACCCACACCAGCCCCCAGGCUCUGCUCACCUCUGAGAACCUUGAACCUGCCAAGUGUGGCCUCCCUCAGUGUCCCAACCAACAAACUUCUGUGUAUCAAACCCUGUCACUUCCUUGCCUCCGGGCUCAGCCGAGAUGUGUGCUUUCGGUUUCAUAGUCAUCUGUCUCCACCUGUCACUUGCCUCCACCUCCCUCCAGGACUCAGGACCUUGCUCAUCUGCUAUUUCCUCUCUCGAUUUCCGGUCUAUCCCUCUCUACUGGCUUCUUCCUGCAACUUACCUCCUGCCCUUGUUCCUAGAGCCUCAAACUUGCAUGUUCAGAACUCAAGUCCCCCACCUGCCUCCCUUGAUCAGGGUGCUGGUUCCACAGGUGUGUUUCCUCGUUGUGAGUAGCACUGCCCUCCACUCGUUGUCACCCAACCCAAAAACCUAGGAGUCGUCCAAGACUCGUCUUCCCUCGAAUCCCUUAGAGCCAGCCGUUUGGGAACCAAGCCCUUCUCAACUUUUCCCAGCCCCGACCCCCCGGCCUAGUUCAAACCCCUGCCUGACACUGCAGAAGCCCUCUUCCUGGUUCCCCAAGCUCCCUCUGGCCCUGCUUCCCGCUACUCCAUCCUCUGUGUUGUAGCCAGAGUGAGCGUCCUUCCACAGCAAAGAACUGAACCUGUCACUACCUAGCUUAAACCCUCUGGGGCUCCCCCAUCCCCCUAAGGAGGCCACAGUCCUUGGAGGGCAGAUGAGGUCUUCCUGAUGGGGGCCUCUGUGGAACCUCACGUUCAUACCUGGCCUUGCCCUCGUCACUGCACCUCUAUGCCCUUGACCAUCCUCACCCCCUGGCAGCUCCCCUCAAUGUGCCCUGCUGGGCCUCGUCUCUCUGCUUACUCUGCUCCCUCUUCUGGAUUGCUGGGCUGCCCCGUCUGCCCAGGGCACACCUGCACAUCUUUGAAGACUCAGCCUGGGUACCACCCCCUUCGUGAGGUCUUCCCUGCGCUUGCCUGGCAGACGUGUCCCUGUCCACCACACCCCUGAGCUCUCCCAUUUCGGUGCCUGUGACUCUCACUGCAUUGACCUGUUACGUGAUUCUGCCCUGUCCCUCUUCGAGUUUUUAUGCUCACAUCGCUACCGAGGUUCCAAACUCUCUCUCCACCACUCACAGCAGGGCCUGGCAUGUGAUAAGAAGUCAAUAAAUAUUUGCCAAUUGGAUUCUCUCCAUACAGGUGUAUGUAAAUGCAAGAGGCAGAUGGAGCCCAAAAUUCUGACCUGGAAAAUGGGUUAGGUUUCCUACACUUCCCUUUGGUAAGAUGAUUAAGUUAGUUUUAACUUCAGUGACCUUUCACCUCAGUUACAAUUUAUUGGUAUCAGUGAAUGGAGACACAGCGAAAGACAUUUAUAAAAACCAACCCACCAACCAGAAUCCUAACGAAAAAGCUUUUCUUUUCAAAA